AUGAGUCCACGCACUACUCACGUUGCGAACGCUUGCGAUUGUCCAAUCUGGGUCACAUGUAUUCCGAAUCAACAAACUUCUGUUUCAUUUGUUGCUCAACAGACCGAGAAUCUCAGAGCAGAGGUUAACCAAGGUGCAGGAAAUGCUGCAAUGUUAUCGGGUCUAACUAAAAUCAAUCCAGGUAAUAAGUUGGCCUGGGAAAAGAAUGGUCAGUAUAAACCCGUGUGCUUAGGGUUUGUAGUGGAAGCGAAUAGAAGUGUAAUAGUUGAUGCUGAAUAUUGUGUUAAACGAACAAAAAUGGGUGAAAUAUGGAUUGAUACCGAUGGAAACGACCAUAGCUGA